GGCAUACCCACCCCUGUAAUUACAAACCCAAAGCACAUGGAAACAAAAGGGGAAAUUUAGAAAGGAAAAACAAAAGAUGGAUGUGGAAUCAUCAAAAGCUACUGCAAUGAUACCUGAAUCUCCGAAGAAACACAAACGCAGAAACGUUUGUUUAGGGGUGACAGCUGCAGUGAUACUCGUCAUCUCUCUGGUCUUGCUGAUCUUGGGAUUAACGGUGUUCAAGCCCAAACAAACGACAACCACCGUGGAUUCCACCUCCAUAAGUGACCUGAAGGUUUCUUUAGAUAUAGCCAGGCUAAGUGUGCAUGUGAACGUGAGUCUUGACGUGGAUCUCUCAAUCAAGAAUCCAAACAAAGUGAGUGCCAAGUACAAGGACAGCUCUGCUUUCUUGAAUUAUAGAGGUCAAGUUGUUGGUGAAGUUCCGAUCCCUGCAGGUAAGAUUUCAGCAGACUCAACACAACCCAUGAACGUAACUCUUACGCUUGUGGCAGAUCGGUUGUUGUCUGAUUCACAGCUUUUUUCUGACGCCAUGGCUGGUGCUAUUCCCUUUAAUACUUGGACCAAGAUUUCUGGAAAAGUAAGCAUUUUCAAUCUUUUUAAAGUACAAUUCACUUCCACCACUAGCUGUGAUCUUGUUAUUUUUGUUUCUAAUAGCACUAUUGGGGAUCGAAAGUGCAAGUAUAAGACAAAAUUGUAGGACCCCUUUUGUUCUUUCAUUGUUUCUUCUCUCCUGGGAGUCCUAUUUUAGAUUAUAGCGGUAGGUUAUCUGUUUCUUCGUAUUACUAAUUCUCAGAUGUAUUUGAUAAAUCUCUUGUUUAUUGAUAGAGAUAUUGAUUCUGCAUUAAUAGAGGAACAUAUUACUGUGAUUCUGAUUGCUGUUGGGUUGGCCA